AGGAAGGGACUCGGAGCGCGUCCUCUCAGCACCAGGAUCGGCAACGUCUGUGCAGCUCGCCGUUUGAGUCAUCGAAAUAGAAAAAAAAAAAACCAAAAAAUAAAAUAUAGCGAAAGGGGGCUGCCUGCAUAUUUCGCAACGAUCUCGGCCGGGCUCGACUCGUCAUCCUCUGCCCUGCGUGGGAAGCCCACUGGCCGGUAAUCAAAAAUCGGAGAAGGAAGAAAACAAGAAGGAACAGAAGAAGAAGAAGAAGAAGAAGAAGGCGACACGAUCUCCGCGUCGCUGUGAAUCCCUCGAUGUCCGGCCAGCUGAUGGACCUCAGACGCGGCUGAUACAACGCGCAUCCCGAGCAGCAGAUGUUCCCGAGGGUCUUCUGCAGUCGUUAGUUGCCUUUCUAGCAAUCCAGCGGGCCGAUUCUGUCAGAAAGUCUUUUUGGUCUUCCGGACCUCAACUUGUCCUCCACCAUCAAGCCGCCAUUUCUCAAUAACAUGACAAACUGAGAACACGGCCGCCUUCUUGUCACCUUCCUUUGGCUAUCUAAUGGAUGAGUUAUGCCCUCCGCUGUCACAUCGUCACCAUUUCUCAGACAGGGGGGCUCCCAUCUCGACUGACGCAACGAGGUCCCCCCCCGAGGUCCUCUCCUCGGGUGACAGACAUGUCGGCCAGGCUGAUCUGCGCACUUCUUCCCAUCCUGCUGAACCCGACGCAUGCCCAGCAUGCAGACGAGAUCGAGUGCCACUGCUACACCCCCACGUGUAACACAACCUGCUUCGGCUUCAGGUGCUUCGCUUCAGUGGACAACGGGGUCCACCAGAAGGGCUGCCUGAACAAGGAGUACAGCCGGCAGUGCUUUGGGCCGAAGGUCCAGACCUUUGCCAUUCAGUGCUGCAACGUGUCCUUCUGCAAUGCCCACGACGUCGUCAUCCCCACCGCCAAGCCACCGGUCGACAUGCUGCUCCUCAGCACCCUCAUCCCAGUGGCGGUCCUCGUCCUGCUGAUCCUGGGGGUCCUGCUCUACAGACUGCGCCUCCGGGGCAAGCAGAAGGGCCCGAGCGAGCAGGAGCACAAAUGUCUGGAGGUGGUGGGCACGCCCAGUGCCGGGGACAGCAGCCUGGGGGACAUGUUCAGCGAGUUCCUCACCUCGGGCAGCGGCUCCGGUCUGCCAUACCUCGUUCAAAGGACGGUGGCCAGGCAGAUAUCCCUGGUGGAAUGUGUAGGGAAAGGCCGAUACGGUGAGGUGUCGGGGACGUGGAUGGGAGAGAACGUGGCCGUCAAGAUCUUCUCAUCCCGCGAUGAGCAGUCGUGGUUCAGGGAAACAGAGAUCUACAACACGGUGCAGCUGAGACAUGACAACAUCCUGGGCUUCGUGGCUUCGGACAUGACGUCCAAGAACUCGAGCACCCAGCUGUGGCUCAUCACGCACUACCAUGAGAACGGCUCACUCUACGACUACCUGCAGCACACGGCCGUGGACCCCAAGGGCUGCCUGCGCUUCUGCUUGUCCAUCACCUGCGGCCUGGUCCACCUGCACACCGAGAUCUUCAGCACGCAGGGCAAGGCGGCCAUCGCCCACCGCGACCUCAAGAGCCGCAACAUCCUGGUCAAGAAGAACAGGCAGUGCUGCAUCGCCGACCUGGGCCUUGCCGUCAUCCACUCGGAGCUGACGGACUCCCUGGACAUCGGGAACAACCCGCGCGUCGGCACCAAGCGCUACAUGGCCCCCGAGGUGCUGGACGAGACCAUCCGCACGGAUUGCUUCGAGUCCUACAAGCAGACGGACAUCUGGGCGCUGGGACUGGUCAUGUGGGAGAUCGUGAGGCGCACCUUCAUCAGCGGAAUCGUGGAGGACUACAAGCCACCCUUCUAUGACAAGGUGCCCACCGACCCGAGCUUCGAGGACAUGAAGAAGGUGGUGUGUGUGGACCAGCAGAGGCCCACCAUCCCAAACAGGAUCUACUCGGACAGCAUAUUAACGACCAUCGCCAAGAUCAUGAAAGAGUGCUGGCACCAGAGCCCAUCGGCCAGACUGACUGCCCUGCGCAUUAAAAAGACCCUCUUCAAGCUGGACGGCUGCCAGGACAGUCACCUCAAGGUGGACCCCUAGGCCCCCGCGUCACUUGUAUGUUCGAGUGAUGCCCCGGUGAGCAGGCUGCCCCUUUCUCACUCCGUCGCCGGUCAGUGCUGUCCUUCUCAUCAUAUGGACGUGGCCCGCUGAGGACUAUGGCGCUCCUUCCGCAGGGGUCUCUUGUUGCCCACUCUGCAGACCGGAGGCCAUCAGCUGCGUCACUUUUGGGUUUUUUUCACUUUCUGGGAUUCUUCAAUAAAUUGCACUUCAUUGAAAAAAAAAAAA